CAGGAAGGUGGCGGGCCGCACAGGUAGGUGGCGGGGCCGCGGGGAGGUGGCGGGGCCGCUGGUAGGUGGCGGGGCCGCAGGUAGGUGGCGGGCCGCACAGGUAGGUGGCGGGGCCGCACAGGUAGGUGGUGGGGCCGCGGAGGGCGGCGACGAGCCGUAG